AAUAGAUAAAUAAGCUUUUUCUAAGAAAUAAUUCCUCGUUACGCAUGAUCCGGUAGAUUAAAGGCAUUCGAACCCUCCUCCUAGGUGCCGUCGCCGUCGCUUGUCUUUAAAUGAAUUGAGGAAAUUAAAAUUAUAGAGCACCGCCAUUAAUCAUAGUCGAUCGAAUAAGCUCGAAUUACCAUAUACUAAUUAUAUUCAUUCAUUCCUCACGCAACUUUAUUCAAAUCGAGCAAGAAGUAUGCUCAAAGAAUUCCGUCUUUGGUACGAAUUCGUUUUCAGAGAUGAGGGUUUAUUAUUGGAAUUACAGUUAGGGUUUGAUUUAUACCUGUAGCGUUUGUUAUCCAUUCAAUAUUUGUUGUUUGAUUUGAACCGGUAGUGUGUGUGGUUUUUUUCGGGAGUGACCGUCUGUUUCUUCGCGGCGGUAUUUGCAGAACAUGGUGGUGUUUACUUUGUAUGGGAUUUGAUUGAUAGCUUCUUUCAUCAAUGGCAACGGUGGCGCCACCAACUAGUACAAGUUCCCCAACAAUUGACCCUUCUCCCGAUCCAAAUCUGCCUUCUUCUCCGGAAGCCGCCAAUUCGGAAUCCGCCUUGCUGCUGUAUGCAGGCUUCAACCAGGAUUCUGGCUGUUUUGCCGUUGGCACAGAGCAGGGGUUUCAGAUAUAUAACUGCGAUCCUUUCAGAGAAACAUUUCGGCGGGAUUUCAACAAUGGCGGGGGCAUUGGAAUCGUGGAGAUGUUAUUCCGGUGCAAUAUUUUGGCCCUCGUAGGCGGGGGUUCGAAUCCCCAAUUCCCUCCUAACAAGGUUAUGAUAUGGGAUGAUCAUCAGAGCCAGUGUAUCGGGGAGUUGUCCUUCCGGUCGGAGGUUCGGGCCGUGAAAUUGCGACGGGACCGUAUCGUUGUGGUGCUGGAGCACAAGAUUUAUGUGUAUAAUUUCGGGGAUUUGAAGCUCUUGCAUCAGAUUGAGACCAUUGCAAACCCUAAGGGUUUGUGUGCUAUUUCUCAUGCGUCUAAUUCGUUUGUUUUGGCCUGCCCUGGCUUGCACAAGGGGCAGAUGAGGGUUGAGCACUAUGGUCUCAAGAAGACUAAAUUUAUUUCGGCUCACGAUUCUCGCAUUUCAUGCUUCGCCCUAACUCUUGAUGGAGGCCUUCUUGCAACUGCUAGCACAAAAGGGACUCUUGUUCGGAUUUUCAACACACUUGACGGAACCAGAUUGCAAGAGGUUCGUAGGGGUGCUGAUAGGGCAGAAAUCUACAGUCUUGCGUUUUCUUCAAAUGCCCAGUGGUUAGCAGUUUCAAGUGAUAAGGGAACAGUGCAUAUUUUUGGUCUCAAUGUACCCCGGAUGGCAGAGGAUCCAAGGAUUGGUGAAGGCAUGCAAGGGGUCUCAGGGACAAAUGGUUCUGGUGUUAAUCUAGUUGUUCCUUCAUUAGGAGCUAACCCUGGCUCUUCACUUUCUUUUAUGAAAGGAGUUCUGCCAAAAUAUUUUAGCUCCCAAUGGUCUUUUGCACAGUUUCACUUGCCGGAGGGUUUGCAAUUUCUUGUAGCAUUUGGCCAUAAAAAGAACACAAUUAUUAUUGUUGGCCUUGAUGGAAGCUUCUACAGGCUUGCAUUUGAUCCUGUGCAUGGUGGUGAAAUGGUGCAACAAGAGUAUGCAAAAUUUCUGAAAUCAGAUGAAUCCAAUGUCCUUUGAUUUCUUGUUUCCAAAUCUAUGUUUAUGUCGUUUUUAUUUAAUCCAAUUGGUGCUUUUAAACCUUUCGAAUUUUAUCAACUGUAAAUGCCAUAUUGAUCCAAUAUUGUACAGUACGUUAGUAGGAAUAAAAUUUGGGUUUAUAGGAUUUAUGCAAUAGCCAAGGUGGGUGACCAGGCUUGGCAUUCUGUAAAUGUAAUAUAAAAAAUAUGAAUGACACAAAUAUAUGUGAACCCACUAAGAUAAUGUAUGAACAGCUCUAUAAAGUUCAAUGUGAAGACUGGAUAAAAGUGCAUGGAGAAUAUGCCCCGACUUUUAUAUCUA